AUGCCUCGCAAGAAGACCCAGGCUACCCAGGUCGCCAACGUGCCCAAGGAGAAAAAGCCGGAACCAGGCCCAAUGCCUUUGUUCUACCUCGACAAGGAUUUCAGCGAUUUCACCGACUACCUCGCUGUUCUAAGACUACCAGGCUCGAUCAACCUCAGUGAGCUCACAGAAGAACGAUUGGAGGAAGCUGGCAAGCAAGCCCUACAGACGAAUCACUUCACAGGCGAAACCCACCCCGACUACUGCGCUGGGAAAAGAUGCCACCAGCAUCACUCACGGAUGUUCAGUCUAAUUGAGCGGUCAGCCAGCCUUCUCGCCAACGCCGAUCUCGCAGCACGACACCUUGCUGAGCGGGAGCAGUUCUGUGAGCAGAAGAACAAGUUUGAAUGGAUCACCCUAUGUCACUAUCCAGCUGGUCGAAUAGCGGAGUGCCCGCAGCUAGACUGCCCUAGCCACGCGAACGAUGUGGAUGGUGGAGAGCAGCUGGCCGAGGCACAAUUUCCGAGCAGUAUCAAGCAGGCCAACAAGACUGGAAGCGAACGUGGCAUACCCAUUGGAUUGUGGAGCAAAGACGACUCAGCGGACAAGCGUGUGGUCUAUGUCAAGGUCAGCAAGGCAGGAUUACUGAGGUACCCGGGCAGGUUCAGCGAGAGUGGCCGAGAGGUAGACCGCGCGAAGAGCUUUCCUCACAAAGGGAAUCAUCUGUCAGACCGGCAGGUGAUCCCAAAGGAUCUCGGCUUCGGAUUCUUCCCCACCUCUCUAAGAGUAGGAUGUAGCGAGGCAGAAUUGAAAGACUUGCACCGUGCGCUCAUUGCUCGGUUUCCAGAGACGAAGAGCGACUUCGGUGAGUGGGCUGAGAAAGAGCUGCCGUCGAGUUACCAGCGCAAUACUCAGGACAACUCAAGCGUCGUAGCAGCAACGCCUCUAGAGGAUGCAGCGACCCAGCCUCCAACUCCGGCGGAAGUAACAGAAUUCCUGGUUUAUCAUGGGCUAGAAGACCACCUCGACAGGCCCUUGCUGGGACCUGAGGUUCUCAGAUCAAGUCGGCUAGCCCAGGCCACAAACGGCAAAACGUACGAGUGGGUUUACCAGGGAGCCUGGCGUGAGUCCAUUGCUCAGCCAACCAAGGUGGCACACUCCCUGAAGGACCUCAUUACUUCGAUGAAGAGGAGCCAAGCUGGUCCACCACCAGGAUCAGCAGCGUCGGCAUCGAAGAAGGCGGCCACUAGCCAGCCAACAGACCCAAGUAUCGCGAAGUGGGAGAGACGACCCUGCCUCGCUUGCGAGCAGGCAUCCAGUGAGUCUGCCCAGGACAAGUACACCGAGCAUGGCAUCCCAUUCGUCCCGAGCUACGCGGCCUGCUCAAUUGUUGGGGACGGAGAAGGACCUUGCAGCUUCUGUAAGCUCUUAAGCCAAGAUAAGUGCUGGGACAACGACUGCGAGAUGCCAUGCGGUGCGCACGAGCCUGAUGGUUCGGAUGAUGAAGACAACCCGCCCGGUGAGCGGCACCGAGAGAAUUGCCCGGAAUGCCUGAACUGGAAAAUCGAGGAUGCCCACCUGGAGUGGUCUGAGGCCGCUACUCUGCCUCCUCAGUACGAUGGCAAGCCUUGCUAUGCAUGCUUGACGAUAAGCGCGCAGAGCGGCAGGCCACCUGCGAAGUACUGCUCAGCUUGCAACACUGGAACUGCGCCGUGCAAGUCUUGCACCAACCCUGAGCAUGACCUUGGCUUCUGCGGCUUCAGGUGCCUGGAGUGGGACAAAAUUCAGGCGAUAGACCUCAACACUGGGCUGGAGCAAGAGACCCAUCGUGCGAAGCUGCAUCGGCUGUUUUGCAGCCAGUGCUUGACCUUCGAUGCCAGGGUAGAGGAGUAG